ACACCUUCCGCCCGGCAGCAUGGCGGAGCUAGCGCAUCAGCAGAGCAAGAGAAAGCGCGAACUGGACGCCGAUGAGGCGGAGACAUCCAGCACAGAGGGAAAGGAGGAGGGCGUUGGGAAUGGUACCUCUGCCCCUGUCCGCUUACCUUUCUCCGGCUUUAGGGUGAAAAAAGUGCUGAGGGAGUCUGCGCGGGACAAAAUCAUUUUCCUGCACGGGAAGGUGAACGAGGCAUCUGGGGACGGGGAUGGGGAGGAUGCUGUUGUGAUCCUGGAGAAGACGCCAUUCCAGGUGGACCAGGUGGCCCAGGUCCUGAAGGGCAGUCCUGAGCUGCAGCUGCAGUUCUCCAAUGAUAUCUACAGCACCUAUCACCUGUUCCCUCCAAGGCAACUCAGUGAAGUGAAGACAACCGUGGUUUACCCCGCCACAGAGAAGCACCUACAGAAGUAUCUGCGCCAGGACCUCCACCUGGUCCGAGAGACGGGCAGCGACUACAGGAACGUCACCUUGCCCCACCUGGAGUCCCAGAGCUUGAGCAUCCAGUGGGUGUACAACAUUCUCGACAAGAAAGCUGAAGCUGACCGGAUUGUCUUUGAGAACCCGGAUCCAUCCGACGGCUUUGUCCUGAUCCCCGACCUCAAGUGGAACCAACAGCAGCUCGAUGACCUGUACCUGAUCGCCAUCUGCCAUCGCCGGGGCAUCAAGUCGCUUCGGGACCUCACCCCAGAGCACCUGCCGCUGCUCAGGAACAUUCUGCAGGAGGGGCAGGAGGCCAUCCUGCGGCGCUACCGGGUGGCGGCGGACCGGCUCCGCGUGUACCUGCAUUACCUGCCCUCCUACUACCACCUCCACGUGCACUUCACUGCCCUGGGCUUCGAGGCGCCGGGCGCGGGCGUGGAGCGCGCCCACCUGCUGGCGGAGGUGAUCGACAACCUGGAGCAGGAUCCCGAGCACUACCAGCGUCGCACGCUCACCUUUGCGCUCCGGGCUGACGACCCGCUCCUGGCGCUCCUGCAGGAGGCCCAGAGAAGCUGAGACGAGACCACCCUUGGGCGGGGGGGGGGGGGGCACCAGGGUUUUUAGCACCAAGGGAAUUUUUUUUUUUUUUAAUGUAUUUUGUACUGGCUUCUUCCCAGCAUGAGAAUAAACCAUCAGUCUCAUUCAGUAUGGACCCACAGCGUGGCCUGGGGAGGUGGAGAGGGCAGACCCUAGCGGGGUGAAGGGGGGUGGGCACGGCCAACCUGGAGGGCUCGGGGCUUUCUGCGGGUCCCCUCCUGGCUGACUUCACUCCUUGCUGUCCUGCUACCACCUUCCUCUUCCUUCUUCCCACUCAGUGUUUCUUCCUGAUGGUCCACAUGUCUGGGAGGUCCCCGCUGCCCCCCCCCCCCCCCCAAGAAAAAACCACAUAGGAAGUUUUUUUGGAAAUAAUGUAUAGUCUUUCUGACUGCACUUCCUCUUUCCCGCCCCAGCACUUAACUCACACUUCCCAUGUGGGAGCCGGUCCUGUUGAUAAACUCUUGUUGACAGGGCUGGAGGCUGGCCUCCUGGAAGUGGGAGGCCCUAAUCAGAAUCAGAUGAUGCAAGCUCAAGACUCCGGCCUUUGCCUCUGUUCCUUGGUCAGUGAAACUGUGGCCUUGAGUUUGUUGUCUGGACAGGAAGACAAAACACACUGCCGGAGAGCAACCAGAAGAUAAAUCCAGUGUCUCAGCAGGGCACAGUGGCAUGGCUGCAGUGAAGUCCAAAACCCCUGAGUCCUGGGGUCCAGGUGUGACCGCUCUCCUAGGGCCCUGACCGCAGAAUUGUCAGGCCAGGAAGGGACUUCAAAGCACCCAAGGCUGAUAGCCUGUAGGAAGCCAUCAAGGGCUUAUCUGGGAAAGUGAGAUCUCCCACUGCUCCAGCCGGGCAGGGACACGGGUGCAGACAUUGGCGACAUGUAGUUAAACACAUGAGGCCCUCUUUCCAGCCCAGGGGACAGACGAAUCAUGCUGCCCGAGAGGGGCUGGCAUUUGCUCUUUGGUCAACAUGGGGCUCUGAGUUACCACAUCUUGCUCCCGCAGGACACACUGCCAGGGGAGGUAGGAUGUGGGUCUUGCAGAGUGAAAGGAGGAUGAAAACGGAGACACAGGACUCGGGGUGGCCCUUACUCUGCGUACCCUGGACCGAGAACCAGGAGACCCGAUUCACAGCCAAGCUCCAGUCACUUGUUCCUCAUAUUGCUACUUAAACACGUACUGCACCAGACCCAAGGCCUCCUGAGCCUGUUUCUUUGUCAAGGGGCACGGGGAUGAGGAUCUACCACAGAGCGAUCUGCUGGUGAUCGUACACGCAGCGGGCCAAAGUGGCACGGUUGCAAUGGAGUCCAAAGCGUUGACUCACUGCAUGCCUUUUGAGCCAGACGAUGUCCUAAGGGCUGGGAAUCCAGAGACGACUAUAAAGAAGCUCCCAGGCUAGGGGGCAGACCGACAGUCCUCAGCCGGAGGGAUGCAGAAUGAGAACCGUCUUCUCCUCUGCCUUAGCUUUCCUCCUGCCUUCACUUAGCAGAACCCACCCAGCUCCCCACCUCCCCUGAGACAGCAUCCUGAGCAAAAAGUGCUUAAGCCUCAGCACCGCUUGACUGAUGAGCCACCGCCAGGCCUCUGGGACGGCAUGGACGGUCCCUGUGCGUUUAGCUGCGUGUCCUCGGUGAGUGUCUCCUCUCCUGCAGCGGAGGUGGGUGUCACCUCGUAAACUUCGGAGGGCUCCCCACCGGCGCCAGGCCCCCGUCCUUGGCUGACUUUCUUCCUGGCUGGGUUGGGGAGGGAGGAGAGAGGUUGGAGAUGUGACUGCUUUUCCUCGGCUCCUCUAGUUUGCCCAAAAGUUUCCUCAUAGGGCAAAAUUGCUGAGUGUUCUAUAUUUGUCAACAUUCCUUCAUGAAAAUGAGAAAAAUAACAUUUCAGGAGGAGUUGGACAGUUAGUUCCACGUUGCCUGGUUCUGUUGAACACAGAUCCCCAGAAUGGAGAAACAAAUCAAGAAACAGUUGCGAACAAAGUAACACGUGAAAAUGUUUCUCUUGUGAUAUUUGUACUUCCAAACAAGUUUAAUGGAUCUGUUUUAUUUCUGAAUACUUUGAUGUGGGUCUUUUAACUCUUCCUUCUCAGAAAGGACUAAAUCUUUAUUCCAAACAUGUAUAUAGAACCCUAAAAGGACCUUUCUUUUGUAAGAAGAUGGUGAUGAUUAACAGUAGCCGUUUUCAGAAAAUCCUCACAUAGCAAAAUAAAUGUUGGCAACCCUAUGUUUGCUCCAUAUUCUCAUUGAAAUUACAUUGGAUUCUGAAGUCUAUGUAAACUUGAAGUUACCAAAUUUUAGCCACUGUUAAAAAAUAAACAUGGACUAAAUUUG